UUUUUUUGAUAAUAUUAACUCAAUCAAUCAGAAUAUUACAAUUCAUGAAGUGUUUUUCCAUUUACACCAAUUAAAACACUCUAGCCCAGGACCAGACAACUUAUCUAACACCUUAAUCAAAAACCUUCCACUCGUGGCCCUAGAACGACUCCUUGACAUUUACAACUUCAUUUAGCUCAAUCAAGUAUUUCCUGAUAAGUGGCGAGAAGCCAUUGUUAUACCGAUUCCGAAACCGGGGAAAUUACCAACCUUAACUUCCAGUUACAGACCCAUAUCGCUCACUUGCAAUUUGUGUAAAUUACUCGAAAAAAUCGUAAGUAAUAGAUUGAGAUGGUAUUUAGAACAGAAUCAACUAAUAUCAGCAGUUCAAUUUGGUUUUAGACAAUAUAAGUCAACAUUAGAUCAUCUUGCGUAUUUGGAAAACGAAAUAUUAACAUCCUUUGCAAUUAAAAAUAAGGUUGUGGCGGUUUCCCUGGAUUUGGAAAAGGCUUAUGAAAUGGUGUGGAAACACAGAGUCUUGUUACUCCUGGAACAGAUGAGUAUUAAAGGUAACACCCUAGCCUUCGUUAGAAUUUUUUUAGAAAACAGGAGGAUUAGGGUUAAGAUAAUGCUAAUCUAAAAAUAUUAGGUUUAAUUUUUGAUCAAAAACUGAACUGGGUCGACCACAUAAAAAAACUAAAGUCAGAUUGUUAUAAUAGACUCAACGUUAUCAAAAUUCUGUCAGGAAGUAGUUGGGGCUCAGAUAGCACAUGCAUUUAAGAAUACAUACAAAGCAUUGAUAAGGCAAAAAAAUUACUAUGGCUCUGUUAUUUAUGAGGCUGCAUCUUCCAAUAUUUUAAAAACCCUAGAAAGUAUACCACAACACUAGUUUAAGAUUAAGUCUAGGAGCCUUCAGAACAAGCCCAAUAAAUAGCAUUUUAGUUGAGGCAGAGGAAAUGCCACUAGCUUUUAGGAGAAAAGAGUUAUGCCUAUCAUAUGCUACUAACCAUAUAACAAACAACAAAGAUUCAUUUAUACUAAAGGACCCUGUACCAUCGGAUAUAGAAUUUAGGCUACAACCAACCCUUUCAUCUCCUUUGAGGAUAAGCAUUAAAAAAUACCUCGCAGAAAUAAAUUUUGAUUUUCCCCUGGUUUUUCCACGUAAACACCACUAUUAUCCCCCGUGGUACCAAUCAAAUUUCACAAUAAAUAUGGAAAUAGCUCAAAAUAAUCCCCGAAACACCACAUCAGAUUAUAUGUACAAGGAUCUUUUCUACGAAAUUAAAAAUAACCACUCGGACUUCAAGAUGUACUACACGGACGGCUCAGUCUGUGAAGGUAGAUCUGGUUGCGCUAUUGUAUUAGAAAAUUAUAUUUGGAAGAAUAGACUCCAAGACUAUACCUCUAUAUUCACAUGCGAAGCAGUUGCUAUACUGGAAUGCUUAAACAUUACCUAUUAAGACAAACACAAAUCACAAAAAAUAUAUAGUUUUCACUGAUUCAAUGUCUACCCUCAUGGCCCUUUCAAAUACUCACAACAAAAAUCCCCAUAUUAUACUGAUCAAGGAAAUUCUAACCGGGGUUAUAGCUAAAAAUUACAUAAUAAAGCUAAUCUGGAUUCCUAGUCAUCAAGGCAUAUCUGGAAAUGAAAGAGCUGACACAGAAGCUAAGAGAGCCACAAAGCUAGCCCAAUGUAAUUACUUUAUUUCUAAUAUACAGGAUCUUAAAAAACACAUUAAAUGGAAGACUCAAACACUCUGGAACAGCUAUUGGGUAAAAGAUAAUAAAAGUGCUUUAUAUGAUAUAUAAGAAAAUCAAUUUUUUAAAGAAGGAAAUUUCAGAUUAAUUAUAUUAAUAUUAGAAAAGAUCAAUUAGUUUUAAAUAGGUCACUGUAACAUUACCCACAUCCAUCUUAUUACAAAAGAAGAAAUAAAAAAUGUAGUCGAUGUGAUAGCAAUAUAUAUAUCUAUUAAGCAUUUACUAAUUGAGUGCCCAAUGUUUAAUGCAGAGAGACAUACUACUGCCUUGCCUAUGUGUUUGUUUGACUGUGUGUUUAAAUAAUAAUGUAAAAUGUACUUUAAAAUUCCUGAAAAUUAUAGAUUACCAUAGAUAAAUUUAAUUAUAAGGUUACAGUGGUCGUUAAUGACCAUUGCUGUUAAAAAGCGACCUUAAAUAAACAAAUAAAUAAAAAAAAAAACAUAAAAUUCUGUAAAAAAAAUUAAAAAAAAAUUACCUAGUGUCUGCGAUGUUCUUUUUUUGUAUUAAAAUACGUGUGAUUCAGAACUUUUGAACGUUAAUGUAUCUCAUAUUGCUGUAUAAGUUACGUUGCCUUUGCCUGUUCAGUGGAACAAACAAACAAAAGAAUCUGUAAACAAGUGAUAAAACAAAAUUUAGAAUUAUAACCGUGAAUUAAUAAACCGUGAAUAAAUAAAAAUUAUAUUAAUUUAGGUACAUACAAAUUAUAAUUAUUAGUAUCUUUAUACUUUUAUAAAUUGCCUUUUCUGACAGAAAAUUAAACUUUUAUGUAAACAAAUUUAAAAAUGGUCUAUUUACAUUUUCCUUCGAACCUAACCGAGGAAGAACUAAUGCUACAAGCUAAAUACCAGAAACUAAAAAAGAAGAAGAAAGCUUUGCAAGCCCUUAAGGCACCAAAACCCGAACCAGAAAAGCCAAUUUUACCAAAAAGGCCUACAGAAGCCAGAGAUGCCAGGGAAAUAGCUAGAAAAUUGCUGAAAAGUGGUGCUAUUCAAGCUAUUAAAAGUCCUCCAACUCAGCCACAGAACACCACUUUCAAAAAACCACGUGCAGGUCGAGAAAGGAAAUUAAGUGGUUCUGCUGGAGUACCUGGAGGUGUUGCUUCAUAUCAACCAUUCAGUGCUUCACAAGAACCUCCACCUCAAGAAGAGAAACAAACUCCAAGAGUUAAAUAUCUUUAUGACUCUUUUGUCACUGCCAGAGAAAAGGACGACAAAGGCUCACGCACACCCAAUCCAGGUGGCAGUACACCGUCUCAAUCAGAUGGUCGCAGUUGUACUUUACAAUUGGUCGGUCAACGGAUAUCUGAAGAGAUAUUGAGGAGACGCCUGGCUACUUUUGAGCCCUUUGCAUUCAUGCCAAAAGAUGACAAGGCUUUCUUAACCUUCGAUAGUCCUGACAUUGCGUCGCACGCUUUGUCGGCUCUUGAAGGCAACGAGGAGGGCUGGCGUAUAAACAUCGCGAGAAGACCUCCGCAGCAACAAGGGACUUGGAGUGCGUCGUCUUCACCACGAAAUCCACAACCGCCUCCCAAGGACUUGAAACGUACAUUAUUGACUUAUGAUGAUAUAUUUGAUUAAACGGAGCAGAUAAAA